GUCUCUUCUCACCACCAACGUUCUGCCGCAUCUGUGGCUGCUGUCAAGGGACAAACCAAUCGGUCAGCCCACUGCACUUAUACAGCGAACUCCAGGAGAAAUAUGCUCAAUAUACAGUAACCUUUCCAACGGAAGGAACCGGGAUAUUAUCAUAUUCAAGAGCAGCUGCUUUCUACCAGUGCACCUCCCAGACCAGUGACUGUCCACCAUGUUGUCCAGGUUGAGGACAACCUGGUCCCUGAGGCCCUGUGUCUCUGCUUGCAGAUGGGCACACACCAAAGAGAAGGGCAAGCCGCUCAUGCUCAACCCUCGUACCAACAAAGGCAUGGCCUUCUCUCUACAGGAGCGACAGAUUUUGGGGAUACAUGGUCUGUUGCCUCCCAAAGUGGAGACUCAGGACAUUCAGGCCAUGCGCUUUCAGAAAAAUCUCAAGAAAAUGACUGAUCCCUUAGAGAAGUACAUCUACUUGAUGGGCAUCCAGGAAAGGAAUGAGAGGCUUUUCUAUCGGGUCUUGAUGGAGGACAUAGAGGAAUUGAUGCCAAUAGUCUACACUCCCACUGUAGGCCUGGCCUGCACACAAUAUGGACACAUCUUUAGAAGACCCAAAGGCUUGUUCAUCUCCAUCCUGGACAGAGGACACAUCCGCUCCAUCCUGGACAACUGGCCCGAGACUAAUGUUGCAGCAGUAGUAGUAACUGAUGGAGAGCGCAUUUUAGGAUUAGGGGACCUGGGUGUUUAUGGAAUGGGCAUCCCUGUCGGAAAACUUUGCCUGUACACUGCCUGUGCCGGAAUUAGACCUGAGAAAUGUCUGCCUGUGGUGAUAGAUGUUGGCACAGACAAUGAGACUCUCCUUAAGGAUCCACUGUACAUGGGCCUGUACCAGAAACGAGACCGCUCUCAGGCCUAUGAUGAUCUGAUUGAUGAGUUCAUGGAAGCUGUGGUGGAGAAAUAUGGACAGGACACACUGAUCCAAUUUGAGGACUUUGGGAACCACAAUGCCUUCCGCUUCCUCAGGAAGUACAGGGAGAAAUACUGCACCUUCAAUGACGAUAUCCAAGGCACUGCAUCCGUAGCCCUUGCUGGUCUGUUAGCAGCUCAGAGAGCUGUUGGCAAACCCAUCACUGAACACCGGGUGCUUUUCCUGGGAGCCGGAGAGGCUGCCCUUGGUAUAGCCAAUCUGAUUGUCAUGGCCAUGAUGGAGACGGGGAUGACCCAAGCUGAGGCCAGAAAAAGGAUCUGGAUGUAUGAUAAACAUGGGUUACUAGUAAAGGGCAGACCACAGGAAACAGACACUAAUCAGGAGGCAUUUGUCCAUGACAAUCCAGGGAAUUUACAGAGCUUCCUAGACGCUGUAAACACCAUUAAACCCACAGCUAUCAUUGGUGUGUCAGGAGCUGGCCGUCUGUUCACCCACGAUGUGAUCAAGGCCAUGGGAACCCUGAACGAACGACCAAUCAUCUUUGCCCUAAGUAACCCAACCAAUAAAGCAGAGUGCACAGCAGAGGAUGCCUACACACUCACUGAUGGUAGAUGUCUUUUUGCCAGUGGCAGUCCAUUUGGUCCAGUGACUUUGAGUAAUGGCCGUGUCUUCACUCCUGGACAAGGGAACAAUGCUUACAUCUUCCCAGGUGUGGCCCUGGCUGUGAUCUUGAGUGGAGUGAGACACAUCAGUGACACAGUGUUCUUAGAGGCUGCGAAGACCCUUGCAGAGCAGCUGACAGAUAAAGAGCUGGAAGAAGGAAGAUUGUAUCCACCUCUUUCCAACAUCAGAGAGGUCUCUGUCCAGAUGGCUGUCAAGGUGAUGGAGUAUGUCUAUGCUAAAGGCAUGGCGUUCCGUUACCCUGAGCCUCUGGACAAGAAUGGCUUCAUACGUGCAACUGUGUGGAACACCAACUACGACUCCUUCCUGCCAGACACCUAUGAAUGGCCAGGUGUCAGCUUCAGCCCCAAAACUAACAAGAAAUAGAACAAAACCUCACUGUUCCCCAUGUCAUAAUGUCACUGUCCUCCCUUGUUUUCCAUUUUACUCUUCACACAGAUGUUUUGAGAUGAUCAGUUAUUUUAGUGCAAACGUGUGCUUAUGAAAAAAAAGGCAGUAGUAGCCCAUUACUGCAUCCAUGUCACUGCAUUUGCACUAACCCAAGUCUUAAGAGAUCUGUGAAAAGGUAGAGUGGAAGGUGGCACUUGGAAAGAUAAGGACAUUUGAAUGGGAGUAGCCAUUCUCUCUUUACAUUACAGUUUUUUUUUUUAAUCUUCUCUGCAUCCCAUGUAAAUCUGCACAAAACUGGAGGGCCACCUGUUGGUGAUGAAAGGCAGUGUGGAAAUCUGGUUUCCUUGUUGAAACCUUGAGAUACAUUUUAAUUAUCUAUACUUUGCUUUGAAAAGAAAAUUACAAAAAUAAUAUCAGAAUGUGGGGAAUUACGGUUAAUUACCAUUAGAAGUUCUUUGUGAUUGUCAUAUACUCUAACAAGCAGAAACCCAAACACCGAAACACAAUUAUUAGGUAAAUUAGAUUAUACUGCAUGGUAAUCCAAACACUGUAGGGACAAUUGUGCCAUUACUGAAGGUUAGAAUGGAUUUUUAGAGGAUAGUGGAGAUGACUAUCAUGAAUUUGUGUUGUGUCAGCAUCCAUUAUCUUUUUAGUCAUAAAUUACCUAAGAAUAACUUUCCCUUUUGUCAAGAAAAGCCCUGUACAAUACCUUUAUCUUUUUUUAACUACUUUAAGAGGUAGUUUUUCACUCCAUAGUUAAUGUAAUGAAGGCUCGAAUUUUAUUAUUUAUUUUUGUUGCGUACACUCCUGAUGCAGAACUGUUAGUCUUUGGUUAACACUGACAAACUCCAUUCUUUAUUUUUAGUCCAAUUAAUACUAUUCUGACUAUAUGUGGCUAUCUAGAGAUUGCCAAACUUUAUGCAAAGGUUUUAACAUGGAGAAUGGGUUUCUACAAUGCCUUUUGUCACAUCAAGGGGGCCUCUGGCGUCUUCACAGAAAAACGAAUGCUCAGUGUAAGAUGAUUUGCUAAAGACUUCUUUUGAUCCCAUGUUAUUAUCGGGCGACACUGGUAAUCAGCGAGAGUCCAGUGCAGCAGAGGGCUAAAGAGCUUGGCCUUUAUGUGCAAAUGGGGCAAAAAAGAGAGAAAACAGUGUAACUCAGGGGAGAAAUAAAGUGAAUAUUUAAAGAAAGACCCCUUAAUAGAAAAUGAUGAGAUUUUAUGAAGGGAAAUAAAAUGAAAUUUAUAUCUAAAAACAUAAAAGGAAUCCUGCAGCUUGACAAUACAUCCAACGUCCACACCAGCAUAUUAUUUGUUUCAAUGUUCUUGUCACAUUGUAUUUAUUUCCCAAAAUUAAUUUUGUUCGGGGGGGGGGCUUUUUAGAUGCUUUACAAAGUCAUCAACACUCCUUUAAUGAGUUUUGGUAUGGAGAAUCUAUCCUUAAUCCUUUUUCAAAAGCGUGACAUACAAAUGAAUACAAUCUGUACCCUAAAUAUUUAAGGAAACCGUAUGCAGUAUCAAAUAAUUGGAUAAACAUUAUUUCUCCUUUAAUCAUAUUUAAUUUACUGUACAUGCACUUUUGUGGAAACUGAAAAUGUCAAGAGUAUUUAUAAAGUUGUGUUAAAUACGUCCGUGUGUGAUGCCAGGUUGGUGUGUGGGUUUCGCUCCAUGGAACAUAUUUAACAAGACAGCACACUUACAGGCUAGGCUUCUGUUCACCGUUUUGAUCCACCAUGAUCUAGGAGAAGCUGUAGCACACUCAGAUUAUCUUUUUUAACUCAAGAAGGAGGUGAAACUUGGCUCAUGUAAUAGAUCUGCUUUGCCUAAAUUUAGAGAUGGAAAUUCUAGCUUGCUAGCCAAUUGACUCAUGAUUUCCACUGUGACUUACUCAAAAAUCAUAUUAUUGGCAUUAAAAGAUAGUGACCAAACAGCCAUGCUGACAUCUUGACAUUUUGACCUUUGAAUAAGGUUUUUACUCUCACUACCUUCUGAAAAAAAAAAACAGAUUCUGCUCAUGUCCUUGUCCAGUUUUUGCUGCUAAAGGGUAAUGGUGCUUAAAAGAUAGAUUGUUACUGGCAAUAUAUAUUUGUGAUGAAGCAACUGAGUAAUGCUAAUAAGUCGGCUUUAACUAUCUGUGUCAAUAGAGAAGCAUUUUUCUAUUAAAGCAACAGCAACAGAAUAAAAUUAAAACUACUUAUUAGUCUAUUUCAUUUGUAAACUGUUGUCAAGGGCAUUGGUAGUAUCUUCAGUAUGUUACAUAUAUAUACUAGGCCAUUGUGUAAAUUCUAACCUCAGGAUAUUACAUUAGGACCUUUCUGACAACCUGCAUGGAAGUGCCUGCAAAGUGUUCAGUGUUAGAUGUCACUUCAUGUUCCACAAUGUAGACCUCACAACAUGCUGCAGGCGGAGCCGCGAAACAACCCAAUAUAAAAACUGCUGUUUGUUUUGUAUAAAAUGAAGUAAUUGUGUCUUGUUCAAUGUGCAGCUUCUUCUCAGACUGUGCAGCCUCUGGUCGUCAACACUUAAUUUAUUGUUAAAGUUUUUAUACUCCUACUGAUAAAUUUUGAAAUAGUUUUAUUUAAAAGAAACAGUUAAACCCCAUCAAGUGUUGGCUCAUGUGUCUAUCCAGUUGUUUCUGACUGUAAUCAUCCAGUAUGAGUUUUUACUGUGUUGUGUCCAGUGAUUAGUUUGCUCAUUUGAUUCUUGUAUUCCUACCCAUGAGUAAAACUUCCUCCGUAUUUCUCUAAAGUAUGCAUUCAUGUAGUGCAACGUCCUUUGUGUUUCUGAAGGCUAUUUUUGUAACACAGUUAUAUUGCCUUAGCGUUUGUACUCAGAGAGCAGCAUUUGUGUGCUGCUUCAGUGAUGUUAAAGUGCAGAAUAAAACCUAAUUUACACUG